CGGUGAGAAUUACUUUCUUGUUCGGCAACAGCUAGUCUCCUCGACUGCACCGCAACCCAGAUGGGGGCGCCGCAUUCGGCCUGUCAAGCGAUGGUUGCCAGGCCUCACACUGGCAGCCUACUAAAGUCCCCAGACGUCACACGUGCGCCCCAGCUAUCGCCUGAACGCCAGCCAAGCCCUACCUCACAGGACCGGCAUCGCUACCCUCUGUUCUGGCAUGCCGGAUCAGGCCUUUGCCUUUGCCUCUGCCUUGCGCUGGCCUUGCGCUCCCCUUUUUCUUCUCCACGUUUUCCGCCAAAAAUACCCUCCUGCCUCAACUGGGCCCGGCUAUGAUGCGCACACCCGUUGCCCGUCCUUGUCGUCUUCCUCCACCCUAGCAUCCCGCUACCCGCUACCCGCUCCAUCUCAGACAUGAUCACAUCCUCGCCCACCAUCUCGCAACCUCCCUCGCCCAACACCACCUUUCACACUCCCGCCCACCGCCCCUACCAGCAUGCCUCGCGACGUACCUCCAUCUCUUCGACCACACACUCCCCCCGCUUUGCCGUGACCAAUCCAGCACAGCGGCGAUUCGACGCGCCGCAAACGCCAAAGCCAACCGCCUGCCAACCCUCGCCCGUACCAGCCUUUGCGCCCUCACCCCAGAGCCGCAAGAGAAGCUACGCAGACCACGGCACCCAGUACACCCCGCCAGGAUUUCCCCCCACCUACCGCCCUCCGCCCACCAUUGACAUCCACGCCCAAACUCUCACCGAGCCGGCCACCAGUACCACCACCACCACUAUCGCCUCCACCAUCGCCUCCACUGAGGACCACCCCACCAUAAGCAACGCCAUUGCUCCUGCUAUAGACUCACAGAGUGUACCUGCAAUCCCGCCCAUACAGCGGGGCACCGCCCCCGCCGCGCCUGCAGUCACGGAGCCUCCAGAGCCUCAGCUGCGGGAACCUCCGCAGUCUGCUGCGCCCGCACGCAAUGCCUUGGCCUCUGCUCGCCCCACGUCGCGCGAUGGUGUGCCCCCUGUGGUAGAGCCUGGGUCCAUUGCACCCGAUGCAAGCACCGUCUUGCGCGUGCCUACUUCGCCAGCCAAAAGAGCCCGUCCUGAGGAACCCAAUCUCAAAGUAAUGCCCCUUCAGUAUGAGACUUGCGAUGUCAAGGACCUUGGUGUGCUUAUUUCCGACAUGCUCAUGGAGUUGGUGCGCCUGAACGACGGCUAUCCGUUGCGGGACGGUACUUUGACAAGGUUCCAUUCAAGAGCACCCCCUGGCAUAUCCGUCCGCGACUAUCUCUCCCGUCUUAUCGUGCACGCGACCCUAUCUCCGCCGAUCCUCCUCUCCAUGGUCUUCUACGUCGACAAGCUAUGCGCCAUGUACCCCGCCUUUACAAUCAGCAGUCUGACUGUACAUCGGUUUCUUAUAACAGCUGCGACGGUUGCAGCCAAGGGCCUCAGUGAUAGCUUUUGGACAAAUAGCCUGUAUGCAAGAGUCGGUGGAGUCAGCGUUCGUGAAUUGGCGCUGCUGGAGCUCGAGUUUCUGAGGAAGCUGGACUGGCGGAUAGUUCCCAAGCCGGAAGUUCUUGUAGACUACUACAAAGGCCUGGUCGACCGUGGGACUGGAUACAUCAUGGAGAAGCAGCCAGAGUCGGCGUCUACCGCCAACUCCACCCAAGUCCCUCCUCCUAACGGAUCGUCAGCCACGGGUAUUCACACCAACGAAUCAGGUGUAUAAUGAUUGUGCGUAUAACUGCCGCGCAACACUCUUGACACUGUGUGGUCCUAUAGCGCUACUAUGUGUGUGCUGUUCGGACUCCCGUCUGUCCCGCGAGUUGGCGUUCCUCACAUUCGUGGGCUAUCUUGUCCUUUUGGACUUGGAAAUGCCUCGUGGUCACGUCUGUAUGGGAGUCUCAAAGAUAGACGGGUCGAACGAUGAGCUGGCGACAUGACUCGACAGCAGGGCAUCUGACAGUGUAUGUCCGCCCACGUGGAGCCCUAUGAGACUCUGGAGGGCGCAUUGCCGCAUCGGUCGCAGGCUCAUGCUUCCGAGGCAGACAAUGGGCAGGCCAUGUUUGGCCCCAUGGCUUCCAUUUCCCGCCCGUUCGUCACAGCAUACAUAGCUGCGGACGCCGGUAGCAGUCUCCGAAGCUGCACGGAACGAGUUUGGGAGUC